CUCUCUCUACAUAUGCCUCACUGGUUCUUUCUCUCUCAUCAAAUUCCUCUUUAUUUCUCCAUUUUUUUCUACAAUUUGUGGUAGAAGGGAAUUGAAAGACCAUCAUUUGCUUUAUUUCAUCUCAUAUUUUCUCUCUCUAAGUUAAAGCUGGUUUCUGUAACGGCUCUCUGAAUGCAAGGUACUGUAGUGUCUUUGUAGUUUUUCUCUAUCUAAAUUUUUUCUUGAAGGAGUAGAUCGCAGUUUCCAGUUUAUUAUUGUACUCUGUAACUGAUGAUUGCACUGAAAAAUGCUAGAAUUGUCAGUUGAAGCUUCUACUUCCCUCAUGAAUGAGUUGGAUAUGAAGAAAAGCUUGUAAUUUUAGGGUUAUUGAGGAAAUAUUUCAGAUUUGAAGCUGUUAUAGAUUGUUUUGUGGUUUUUUGGGUUUAAUGGGGUGUGUAUAUUCAAAGAGUUGUAUAGGGCAAGAACCCUCUUCUCCUAGUGUUUACAAUUCCAAAGACUAUGGGGUUGAUAGAGCAAUUGGGGUUACUUUUUUAUCUCCUAGUUCUUCGAGUGUAGAAGGAGAACAAGCUAAUCAAUUGAACCAGUUGAGCAUGAAUAGGGAAUCAGAUAUUGGCAUUAAUAGACUUUCCAGGGUUUCUUCACAGUUUCUACCCGCUGAUGGUUCCCGAACUGUUAAGGUCCCUGACGGUGGUUUUGAAUUGAAGUACUCAUAUUUGUCACAGAGAGGAUUUUAUCCUGAAGCCCUAGAUAAGGCCAAUCAGGAUAGCUUUUGCAUACACGCCCCAUUUGGUACAAACCCAAAUGACCAUUUUUUCGGUGUUUUUGAUGGCCAUGGGGAAUUUGGGGCGGAGUGUUCGCAAUUUGUUAAGAGAAAAUUAUGCGAAAAUUUGCUUGGAGAUAGUUGGUUCAGGACUGAACCCAUUAGAGCUUGCCAUGUUACUUUCUUGAACACAAAUUUACAGUUACAUUCUGACAGUUUGGAUGAUAGCAUGAGUGGAACCACUGCAAUCACUGUUUUAGUUAGGGGAAGCAAGCUUUAUGUUGCAAAUACAGGUGAUUCUAGGGCAGUUAUUGCUGUUAAAAGAGGGAAGGAUUUAGUGGCAGUAGACCUUUCGAUUGAUCAAACACCAUUUAGGGUAGAUGAGUUUGAAAGAGUGAGAAAUUGUGGGGCUAGGGUUCUCACAUUGGACCAAAUUGAAGGUCUCAAGAACCCUAAUAUACAGUGUUGGGGCACUGAGGAAAGCGAUGAUGGGGAUCCUCCGAGGCUAUGGGUUCAGAAUGGGAUGUAUCCUGGUACUGCUUUUUCCAGGAGUAUAGGGGAUUCUAUAGCUGAGAGCAUCGGGGUUGUUGCAACGCCAGAGAUUGCAGUUUUGGAGCUCACACCUGACCACCCGUUCUUUGUGAUUGCAAGUGAUGGGGUCUUUGAAUUUCUAUCCAGCCAGACUGUGGUUGACAUGGUAGCCAAAUUUAAGGAUCCCCGAGAUGCUUGUGCCGCUAUUGUGGCUGAAUCGUAUCGGUUAUGGUUACAGUAUGAAACCCGCACCGAUGACAUCACCAUUAUUGUUGUCCAUAUUAAUGGGCUAAAUGAUGUGAUUUCAGUUCAAGAAUCCCCCAAUACUGGCUUAAACGCUAUGGAACAAAUUAUAGAGGUCAAUCCUGGGUCUGAAUCACCAUCUUUAGGUUGGAAUUCUAGGAAUAAUCGAGCAAGGCAUGAUGUAUCAAGGGCACGCCUCAGAGCCAUUGAGUCUUCUUUGGAGAAUGGACAUGUUUGGAACCCGCCUACUUUUUCACAUAGGAAGACCUGGGAAGAAGAAGCCCACAUCGAGAGGGCAUUGCAUGACCAUUUUCUAUUCAGAAAACUGAAUGAUUCUCAACGUCAUGUUUUGUUGGAAUGCAUGCAAAAAAUUGACGUCCAACCAGGAGAAGUGGUUGUGGAACAGGGGGGAGAGGGUGAUUGCUUUUAUGUUGUUGGUAGUGGGGAAUUUGAGGUCCUAGCUUCUCAGGAUGACAAAGCAGAAGAGAAAGAUAUGGGUAGGGUUUUGCAUCGGUAUACGUCUGAAAAGUUGUCAUGCUUCGGAGAAUUAGCACUGAUGUAUAACAAACCACUUCAGGCAUCUGUUCGUGCAGUGACAGCUGGGACUCUCUGGGCUCUGAAGAGAGAAGAUUUUCGUGGAAUCCUUGUGUCUGAGUUUUCAAAAUUAUCUUCAUUAAAGUUGUUAAGGUCAGUAGAUAUGUUUUCAAGGCUCUCGGUCUUGCAGUUGAGCAACAUUGGAGACGCGCUUUCGGAAGUUUCUUUCUCGGAUGGACAGGCCAUAGUUGAUAGGAGUGUGGGUCUCUCUGCAUUGUACUUCAUUAAAGAGGGGCAGGUGAGGUUGACUUAUGAUGCAAACCUUAUGACAAAUCCCCAUGUCUACAGUCUUCAUCACGAACAAAAUCAGAGUGAUCACGAAUGCUCAAUAGUGAAGAAAGAGGGGAGUUAUUUUGGGGAGUGGGCACUUCUUGGUGAACAUGUUGACUCCUUAAGUGCCGUUGCCAUUGGUAAUGUGGUCUGUGCAAUGAUUACUAAGGAGAAAUUCCAUUCGUCAGUGGGCGUUCUCCCAAAGCUUUUUCAGGAUAGCGGCAAGUUGAAAGAUCAUUCUUUGGCUACGGAAAACGUACAAAGUGCUGAUGUUAAUGCUGAAAGUCUAUCCAAAGUUCAGCUUUCUGAUUUGGAGUGCCAAUCUGUUGUAUAUUCAACUGACUGUAGUGAGAUUGUACUUGUUCGUCGAAAAGGCUCAGAGAACCUACUGAGCUUGAAGAGGUUUUCAAAGCAGAGAAUAAGGCGACUUGGAAGGGAAGCACAAGUCUUGAAGGAAAAGGACCUAAUGAAAAGCUUGAGUCAUUCAGCUUGUGUGCCACAAGUUCUAUGCACAUGUGCUGAUCAUGCAUAUGUUGGUGUGUUGCUAAAUAUUUCCCUAACUUGUUCGCUUUCUUCAAUACUCCAUACACCCCUUGAUGAACCAUCGGCUCGUUUUUGCGCUGCUUCCAUUGUUGUUGGUUUGGAGCAGCUACACAAGAAUGGCAUCCUUUACAGGGGGGUCUCACCGGAUGUCCUAAUGCUUGACCAGACAGGUCAUAUUCAGUUUGUUGACUUUCGAUUUGGGAAAAGACAAUCCAAAGAAAGAACCUUCACGAUAUGUGGAAUGGCAGAUUCUUUGGCUCCAGAAAUAGUUCAAGGGAAAGGCCAUGGUUUCCCUGCGGACUGGUGGGCCUUGGGUGUCUUGAUUUAUUUCAUGCUGCAAGCCGAAAUGCCAUUUGGUUCGUGGAGAGAGAGUGAGCUGGAUACAUUUGCAAAGAUUGCUAAAGGGCAGCUCGCUCUUCCCCAAACCUUCAGCCCUGAGGUGGUUGACAUCAUCCACAAGUUACUGGAUGUUGAUGCAAGCACAAGACUUGGAAGUGACGGUGCAGAUUCCAUUAAGAGUCACAAAUGGUUUGAUGGUAUUGGAUGGAAAGGUAUUACGGUUGGGGGCUCCCCUGUUCCUCAAGAUAUAUUAUCUAGAAUUAAGCUGCAUUUAGAGAAUCAUGUGGAAGAAACUUCUAUGCCUCCACCUUCUUCCUCUCAAGAUGAUGAGCUUAACACUCCUGAAUGGCUUGAAGAUUGGUAGCACCUUCAGAAAAUAUUGGUUUCCUGCUUGUAAAUAUUUCAGCAGAAGCAUGCGCCUUCUUGGGUGAAAUCUGGUCCAAUUUUCACUACGUAAGAGAUGGCUCCCAUGUUUUUCUAUAUGGGAGGUGGCUCUCAUAUUUUAAGUUCCAUUAUUGAAUUCCAGCCAAUUGACCGCGACCUGUCUGAAGGUCUCUCUCUCUCUCUCUCUCUCUCUCUCCCUGCCUCCCCUCCUAAUUUUGAUUUCAAUCUGCGAAUUCAUGUUAGGAAUUUGUAAACCACUCCUCAUGUAGUGAACUUUAUCGAUAUCCAACAAAUUUUUUUGGAUGCAAAGACCGGCAACUACUUUCAGUUUUUGCCUAUGACAAAUGCAAGGGUAUCAUUCAAAGCUUGGGCAUUUUCAUUGGGUACACACAGAUCUAAUUCAGGAUUGUUGUCUACAAAUAAAUGUGCCGGUUCGUGCUCAACCUACAUAGAUAUAAGUGGCAUGUUUUUUUCACUCUGAAUCCUGUUAAAUAUUGACUAAUUCCCUUACCUGAAAAUUAUACGAUGCGGAGGGCCAGGGGUAGCUUUUAGCGAAAAUUUGGUUGAUGGUCAUGAAGAUCACUACAUGGGAAGUAUGUUAAAUUGUUGAUGAAAAAUCCUCUGUAUUGUCAACUUCAUUGACCGUGAAGAGCUUGAAGUUGGUCUUUGGAUUUGUGCAGAUGAAAUGCUAUAGGAGCACUUUUGAAAGUCUGUGUAUAUUAUGUAGAUUUUGACUGUGACCGCGUCAUGCGUUGGUUCAAUUAUACAGUUCAGAUUGCUGUCUAAAGCACAUGUUUCAUUCUUUUCAUGUUCUAAAUUGGUGUGUACAUCUGUAGUUGGAAAUAUGUAUGAACAGUUUUGCUUUUCUUUUC